AUGCUCAACGUUUCUGGUAUCUCUACGUCCUUGGAUUUAGUGAUACACUAUAUAGAAACACAUCACAUCGACAUUUUACUACUCACGGAAACCUUCUUGCUCAAAGGUGAUCUAUUCACUCAAUGGGCUCAACAUCAUCAAUAUGCUACCAUCUCAGGUGAUGCAUCCAAAGGCAAUGGUGGUUUGACAUUUCUAAUUCGACCUCAUUUUCCUCACUACGUUCACCGUAGCACUGAUCCAACAACCACACAACACAACAAGCUCAGUAUCGUGAUUGGUAACUCGCUUACUGUCCAUGGCUUCUAUUUACCACCAGCGCUAUCUUUUGCAGACUAUCAAACUGUAUUGAGUAGUGUUGACUUCAACUCUUCAUCGUCAGUUAUUUGUCUUGGUGAUUUCAACACUCGUCUUGGCUCAUUCACUGGUGAUACCCGUAGUACGAACCCUCGUAGCAAUUACCUCCUCAAUUGGCUUACAGUCCAUCAGGCUAAUCUCUGGAAUCGUAUUUCUACAUUUGGACAACCUACAUUUGAGUCUAAUCGAGGCACAAGCAUCAUUGAUUUCGUGAUUUCACGCCCCAAUAUAUUCUCGGCUAGUCCCUUGUUAUCUAUUGAAAGUGAUAUCAAUCUCAACUCGGAUCAUCACCUUGUGCAAUUCUCGUUUAAGCUACACCAACAACCUCAACUCCUCCCAACAUCGACUUUGGCUGGCAGCCGUCGUCUUUGGAACUUGCAACGUUUGGAAGAAAAAGACGUAUUUGAAUUAUAUCGCAAAAAUUUCUUUUCCAACAUUUUCAAACUGCAACAAGAGGUCAAGCACUUUAUGGCUUUUCAACAACAGCAACACCCCAAUUUGUUUGUGCUCUCUGGUGACACAGCAACUAAGCAUCGGAAGGAGGCUACUAUCAAUCAACGGAUCAAUGCUACUAAUGGUUUCUAUUUCGAGGUUGUGGAAUCUCCCAAGGAUUUCAUUAACCGUGUUGGCAUCGAAAUGAUCCAAGCGAUCCACUCAGCACUUGACAAUUCAGUAACACCAAGAACAUCUAGGCCCAAAACCUGGAAAUUCUUUUGGGAUGCAGAGUUACAACAUUUGGCUGACAUUAGACAACAAUGCUACACUGAUUGGAAACAACACAAGCACCACAGAAGAUCAUUGAUUGGCUCAACACACCUCUGGUCUCUCUAUCAACAAGCUUGCAACAACCUCAAGAAGGCUAUCAAGGCUGCUAAACGAAGACAUUGGAAGAAAUUUUGUAAUGACAUGAGUGAUUCCUCUUCAAAUCAGGUGUAUUCCGUUCUAAAACGCUUAAGAAAGAAACACACUACUAAUCAUUGUUUUUCGCAUAGUGAAGGACCUGAAGUAGCUGCAAAUGUAAUGGCAGAUUAUCAAAGACACAUUUUUGGGGGGAGAUCAAUUGGAUUAUUCAACAUGGAGAGCCAGCAGAUCACCACUCCACCAGCACACCACUAA